CCUGCUCCACCUCACAACUCCACAAGACCUGCAGGAGCACAGAGCUGCUCCAUCCCAACUUCAGCCCAACACCGUCCUCCUCCAGCCCAACACCGUCCUUCUCCAGCCCAACACUCUCCAGCAUCUUCCAGUGAGGUGCAGCACUGCUGAGUCUCUGAAGGAUCUCAGGUUUGGUCAUGAUGUCUAAAGCUCCAUCUCGGCACGUCCUGAUCGCCUGUGUCCUGCUGCUGUGUCUCGGGGUGAUGAUCUACUUUUACUUCAAACCAUCUAUAAACAUCUUACCGUAUCCUGAAGCCACGUCCAGCAGGUACGACGUCUGCAGUGAAGCAUGCAUCGAUAUUCUCAUGGUGGAGAACCAGGGCAAGAUCCAGAACUGUACCGCUGAAGAUAAAUCGGUCCAGCCGGCAGCUCCGGCUCCGGAGGUCCAGCAGAAGAAGGAGUUAAGUCCGAGCGACCGAGCUGAAAAUAUCCUGAUCCUCGUCUGGUUGUGGCCGUUCGGAGAGCGGUUUUCCAUGGAUUCUUGUGAAGCUAUGUACAACGUAAAAGGCUGUCACAUAACAGAGGACAGGAGUCAAUACGACAAUGCAGACGCCGUCCUCUUCCACGUGAGGGACAUCUUCAACGACAUGGAGAACCUGCGGAAACUGCCUCGACCUCCAGAGCAGAGGUGGGUGUGGGUGAACAGCGAGUCUCCGGGCUGGACGCCAAAGCUGGACGGAGGAGAGUACCUGUUUAACCUGACAUCAAACUAUCGGAGAGACUCGGACAUCCGGGUGCCGUACGGACGAGUUAUGAAAGCUACCAAAGAGGAAAGAGAUUCUUUUAAAAUCCCAACUAAAGACAAGCUGGUCUGCUGGAUCGUCAGCCACUGGGAGGACAAGCUCUGGAGAUCGGGCUACUUCAACGAAUUCAGGAAACACAUCAAAGUGGAGGGGUUCGGAAAACACUUCGGGAGGGAGGUGAACAGAGACAACUACUUCAACGUGAUCUCCAGCUGCAAGUUCUACCUGUCCUUCGAGAACUCCAUCUUUAAAGACUACAUCACCGAGAAGGUCUACAACCCCCUGAGUCUCGGUACGGUUCCUGUGGUCAUCGGUCCUCCCAGGAAAAACUACGAGGAGUACCUCCCUGCCCAUUCCUUCAUCCACGUUCACGACUUCAGCACCCCUAAAAAACUGGCAGAUUACCUCCUUCACCUGGACCAGAACCAGGCGCUGUAUGAAGAGUACUUCACCUGGAGGAAGUACUUCAUCGCUAAGCUAGGCUACGCUGAAGAACACGCCUGUCGCACCUGCGAGUAUCUGAAAUCCUACGGUCUGAACUACAGAGUGUUUAACGACGUGAACGGCUGGUUUUAUGAUUAGAGCCACAACUGACCUUCAAACACCAAAAUUUUACCUGCAAAAAAAAAAAUCACACUGAACGAUAAUCAGAGCUUUAACUGAAGGAAAGGGUUAAAAAUUCCUGUUCUGUUAAACUUUUUUAUUUUAUUUUUGAUUGGCCAGGUUUCACUGUAUCCAGUUAAAGGGGCUCUUUAAUUAUUUACAGUUAAACUUUGUACGCUGCUGCUGUUUUUAUUGUUUUUUAAUAUAAACUUAAUAAUAUUUGAGUAAAAAUAUAAAUGUAUGGGGAGGAAUGUGUGACUGGUCUGGAUGUGGGUUGAUGGAUGUAUAAUUGUGAGAAAUGGAUAUGGAUUAAAAAAAUCUCACUGGAUCAUUAUAUUUUUAAUCUGAAGGAUAUUAUUCACUCUCAGGAAGUAUCUGCUUUUACUGUUUAUGUAUUCAAAAUUAACUUUUCAUUAAAGUUAAACACAAAUCUUAAAA